AAUGUAUAUAGGGACGGACACUCCACUACCAGGCUAAGUAGCUGUCUAUUAUUUCAAAAGGUAGCAAGUUAUUCAUUUAGAAACCUAUUUAAUCAUAUAAUGUUACGCUUGUAAGACCACUGCGUGUCUCUAGUAAAUCGAUCUACUGAGUUCCAAAAGGUAUGUCGUGAAGCUGUUUUUGCCUGUUGUGUGACUUUCUUUUCUUUACCAGGCAAAAUAUAUAAUGUCACAAAACGAACGUAUGAAGGCGGGCUUAUUUGCGGGGGGGAAACCGUAGAAAGACGAAUAUAUGACUAAUUAAGCCUAAAACUAGAGUUCACAGAUAGAUUGGGGAGAAAGAAUCAAAGGAUCGGACAGACCGAAUAUGACAGCAAGGAAUGGCAGCUGGGAUUUGGCUCUGCUGAGAAAUGCACACUUUGGACUCCAGGACCCUGAGAUGGCAAUUGUCAGACGCUCUCUAGUGUCUGGGGAGUGUCUGUAUUUUCACUAUGGUUGUGACGGACAAGAUGAUAGGGGCUGGGGCUGCGGCUACCGCACCUUACAGACUCUUUGUUCCUGGCUGUGUGUAAAUGGAUCACAACGAAGUUAUCAGAAACUUGCGCCCAGCCUGCCUGAAAUUCAGCAAGCUCUGGCCUCCAUGGGGGACAAACCUCCUUCAUUUAUAGGAUCCCGCGAGUGGAUUGGAACUUUUGAGGCUGCCCUGGUUCUGGACCACCUCUAUGAUGUGCCCUGCUGCAUCCUGCAUGUGCCAGGUGGGGGGUCGGAACUCCACCAACACUUUGAGCAGCUCCACCACCACUUUGAGACCCAUGGUUCACCAGUCAUGAUGGGCGGGGAUCGAGACAAUUCAUCCAAGGGCAUCCUGGGUGUGUGUACGGGGGCUCAAGAAAUUCAUAUGCUGGUGCUGGACCCACACUAUUAUGGCCCCCCACUGGACAGGGCAGCAGUGCAGCAUUCGGGGUGGGUCUCCUGGAGGAGUGUGGGCUCCCUGGAUCACUGCUCCUUCUACAAUCUCUGUCUGCCGCAGACAGCUGGGAAAUAACUGCCAGCAGGUGGCACUGUACUCCCAGAAGACUACUGAUGUCCCCUGCCCUGCUUUACUGCAAUGAGAGUGGAAGGGUGGAGGAAGGAAGGGACAGCGGGAAUGGGGGGAUGCUUUUAGGAAACAGCUGGUAGGAACCAGCAUGUCAGCAUUUAGUCUAUAAACAGCUGGAUUAUGAUCAAAUAUAAUAAAGUUAUAUAUUAAUGAAUCAGUGGCAUGGCGGUCCUGAGUGCUGCUGCAACUUUUCAGGGCUGGGGGUUCAACUCCCACCCCUGCUCUUUGUGAGAAGUUUAUCUUCUGUCUCUGUGGGGUAUUGUUUGUGUAUUCUGGUCUAAGGACAAGCAGUCUAGGUGAAUUGGCAUUUCUAAAUUGCUUGUAGUAUAUGAGUGAGUGUGUGUGUGCAUUGUGAUCGAUGGGUAUCUCAUCCAGGGUGUUCCCUGUGCUGACUGGAACAGGACAUGGUUAGUAGGGUUGCCAUGGUAUGGAGUUAAUAAUGAAAAAAAAAAAAAAAAAAUGCAUGAGUAUUAGAAUAAAUUCAGAGAAUGAUGUCUUAACCUUUCUUAGCCAAGAUCGCAUCAUGUUCUCAAAGCUGUUGACCAGGUGUUUUUCUACAUUAGAUACAUAUUUCCUGAGCCAUACACUCUUAUAUGAUUCUAACGUAGAUUACACCUUCAUAACAUUAUAAUCAAUUCAUAAGGCAUUAUAUACAUGGCUAUUAUCAAAAAGAAACAAAACACAUUAUAGCCAUAUUUAUUAUGCAUUGUUUAUGCCUUAUGAAGCUGUCUUGUGUAAUACACUGUAAAUACCUUCAGAUUGCAGAAUAAAGCAUCUGAAAUUCUUAUACUGACCAUUAUAAUGAUUAUGAAGGUAUCCAUAAUGUGCUAUAGAUGAGAAGUUAAUUGGAGCUCAUCCAUCCAUCCAUCCAUUUUCCAAACCGCUUAUCCUAACUGGGUCGCGGGGGGUCCGGAGCCUAUCCCGGAAGCAAUGGGCACGAGGUAGGGAACAACCUAGGAUGGGGGGCCAGCCCAUCGCAGGGCACACUCACACAUGCACUCCUACAGGCAAUUUAGUAACUCCAAUUAGUCUCAGCAUGUUUUUGCACUGUGGGGGGAAACCGGAGUACCCGGAGGAAACCCCACGACGACAUGGGGAGAACAUGCAAACUCCACACACAUGUGACCCAGGCAGAGACUCGAACCCGUGUCCCAGAGGUGUGAGGCAACAGUGCUAACCACUGCACCACCAUGCCGCCCCUAAUUGGAGCUUAUGAAGUAUUAUAAUCAGCUUUAUGCCUUAUGAAGAUGUCAGUGGAAGAUGCUGUAAUGUUUUCUUAAUUCUUAUACCGACCACUACAAUGCAUUACGAAAGUAUCUAUAAUCCAUUACAGAAGACAGCUUUAAGUAAAGUGUUACCGUAGUGGUUUCCCUUUUCUUCAUCUCCAUUUCAGCACUGCAGUUUACUACGAUGUCACACAUCAGUUUCGGAAAACUGCGGUUCACUUUUCAGCUGCUUUUUCCAUGGCUGGCCUUCAGCAUGCCUGAACUAAAAUAAAUGUCAGCACUCGAUGUGCUAAGUCUCAUUGAAAUCCCAGCCAGAAAUUACCCAGACAAACCCACUGGGUGAUUAUGGAGCAGGAGCAACGAGCUGCCUUUUUAGACAGGGACCUAUAAGCUUCCCUUGCAGUCUGGAUCUUUACUAAAGAAAGCUGGCAUACCUUUAUACUAACUCUACCUUGGCAGGCUCUCCUUUUUACAGCCUUAGUAUGACUGGGCACAGGGUGGUUUUCACUGGCAUCAGACGAGUCUGAGGACUUUAGUUAUGAUGGCUGAUGGCCUGCGUGGGAGCUUUGUUCUUCUGUACCUGCUGAUUCUCACCAUGCAUUGAGGAACAGCCACGCCAAGGGGGCCACGGCCCCCCUAUGCUGGACUUCUGUGGAUCUUGGCAAAGUCCAGUGGUGUGAUUAGGCUGGAGCAUUUGGGGGAUGAAGCCCCAAAUGAUUCUUUAAACUCAGAUGUUUUUAAAAACCAUGCUCUCAGUCUGAGAGCUGGAGCUAAGCAAUAGAUGGCUUGAGAUUCUAGCACUGCCCCUGCCAAAGCCAGCCUGUCAUCUCAGAGUACCCUUAGAUGUUCCUGUGUUGGCCCAUAAUGCCGGAGGCCUUGGUAGCGGCUGGUUCUGACACCUCCGGAGGGGCCGUCGGUUCCUUGGCGGCCGCUUGGGGAAGCUCCCUUCUGGAGCUCUGCUAAUUGACCUCUGUGGCGUCCUGCUGGCCAGCUUUCCAGCGUGAUCUGUAAGGCUGCCGCACUGCAUUUCACGUGUGGCUGAUCCAGGUGGCUCCUUUGCAUUGAAGAGGUAACUAGUGAACAUCCACAUUUGUGCUAUUGAUAGUGCUGUACUUCACGUGCAAGCUUUGCAGUAUGUGGAUGCUGUGAAAGUCCUGUCCUCAUGCAGAGAGGUACAUAUCAGCAUAUGUGGUUGAACACUCAUCUCAUUAGGCUUUACCUAAACCAGAUCCUGCUCCUGUACUCAUUGCAUUGUGUGUCUGCUGAUGUUAGCUAUAGGGGUGUUUAACUUGUCAUUACGCUGUCAGUAGUUUUAGCCUUAUGCACAGCUUAGCUUGAGAGUACGUGCUGAGUGAAAAAAUGUUAAUGCAAAUUAGGCACCCUGCCUGCGCAGUUCCUCACUGUCAUACUGAGUGUCUACACUGUUCCUCACUGUUAUACUGAAUGUCUGGGCAGUUCCCCACCAUCAUACUGAAUGUCUGUGCAGUUCCCCACUAUCAUACUGAAUGUCUGUGCAGUUCCCCACUAUCAUACUGAAUGUCUGUGCAGUUCCCCACUAUCAUACUGAAUGUCUGUGCAGUUCCCCACUGUCAUACUGAAUGUAUGUGCAGUUCCCCACUGUCAUACUGAAUGUCUGUGCAGUUUCCCACUGUCAUACUGAAUGUCUGUGCAGUUCCCCACUGUCAUACUGAAUGUCUGUGCAGUUCCCCACUGUCAUACUGAAUGUCUGUGCAGUUUCCCACUGCCAUACCUACCUGCAGUUUCUCACUUAACUGUUAUAAGAAAUACCUAAGCAGAUCAUUGCUCUCAUCUAUCUAUCUAUAUUGCACUUUUGGUCAUUGAAUAGUCUUGUUAAGUACUUGCUUUGUUCGAAGCCAGCAUGUAUGUAAUGUGCUAUUUGCCUCAAACAUUGCUUUGCACAAGUCCAUCUGCUAAAUAAUAAAUAUAAAUGUAAAUCAUUCACAGUAGAGAUAAAGCAGUAUUUUAAAGCUUGGAAAUAACGUUCCAAGCAUGACGGAGGCAGGAGCAGGCGUAACACUAAACAGUUAGGGGUUUACAGGGCUAACAGCAGUGGAAAACAUUGGGGCGACAUCAAUGACCGGACUGGGCAGCACUGGACUGGGAAGCACUCUUAUACACUAUUAACGAGGGAGCAGAAGGAAGGCAGCUGGGGUGAUCCACACGAGGGCUAUAACGAGGGGGUAAGACCAAAACAAGCAAGGGAGAGAACGAGGGAGCAGGAAUAAGUCUAUAUAUGAUUUUGCAUCACCAUUGUGAUCUUGUGUAUUGAAAAUGUUAACCUUCAAACCUGACUGCAUAAUAAAGAAAUAAUACUGGGUUUGUGUCCUCUCAGGUGAC